AUGGGUAGGAUAGGCAUCGUCCGUUUGAGUAUUUUACUUUUUCUUGGAUUUGGCGUUUCCGCAGAAUUAUAUGAUGAUGCAAGUUGGAACUGGGCAGUAAAAAUUGCCGUCAUCGAUUGCUCCGAUCCAGUAAACAGGGACAUUAGCACCGAAUAUAACGUUGAAUUCUUUCCCACUUUCAUAUUUUUUCUUAAAGGAGGCAAGCAUCAGGUUGUUCCGAAGUAUUUUUCCAAUAUCACAUUUCGAGAGAAAAUUGCCGAUAUUUUAGUGAACGAAAAACAGUGGGACCGAUUAGUUCCAGUCAUGAAUAUUUCGGACGCCAUCACUGUGUUCGGACCGAAUGCUGUUCAAGUGGCUAUGAUCAUUCUUGAUACACAGCUAAAUAUCCCGACAACUUUGCAAAGCGUAAUUGUAGAGGGUAGUCAAUACGGUGUAAAGGAUGUGUUGGGCAACAUCAUCUUUACUAGUGAAGAUGUUGAUGCUGUCAAAAAGUUCCUUCUUGACAAGUACCAAAAGGUUGAAUUAAAAGUAUCUCAACAACAAAAUAGACCGAUAACGACUACGCCUAAAGUGGUAACUAAUCCCAUUCCCCACUCAUUGCCAGUUUACGCCGCCGAUAUCGUCGCCUCCCUUCAGAAUCUCCUCAACCACGAUAUCGCUUUGAAGAAGGAAAUCAAGGGAGUCGAGCUUGCUGCUCUCAAGGAAUUUCUCGCUGUUCUCUCCAAGUAUCUGGAUCUGGGUCCACAAUACAAUGAAGAAAUUGAUUAUCUCCAAAAGUCAGUAGCCGGUCAAUCAGUAAUUUCAAGAGAGGACUGGACUGUGCUUGUCGCGAAACUGAAGGCAUGUUCAGCAAACAACGACAAAGCCCCAAUUGCUCACGCCCUGAAUCGUUUCGUGCCACAUUUCUUCAGUUGCGGCUAUUGCGGUUUCCAUUUCGCUAAAAUGACCUCCAACGUACGUCUUCCUGGAGAGGCAAUCUAUCCUGAUCGUCCUACUAUUGUAACACCCUUCCCUCUUGAAGAGCCAGAUCCGUCCACUCUGCCCGUUGCACCGAAGUCAGCUCGGGAUGAAGUUCUCUGGCUCAAUAUUGCCCACAAUGUAGUCAAUAAACGUCUUUCUGUCAAUGUUGAGAUGCCUAAGGAGUUUUGCCUCAAUAUCGUCUUUGCAUCUAUUCAAAUACAGGUGUUCCCCUCUCCCCAACAAUGUCGUGUCUGUUGGUCAGACGAGGCGCGGGCUAAAAUAGCCGAAGACAAGUUUGCUGCCCUUCCGGAUAAGACAGAAGAGCUGUUGGCCUACCUUGUGCACCACUACCGACCUUCCUCUUGGAGAUGGGAUAACGUCUACGUCUCAUUUGAGGACAUUUCUCAGUGA